CUCGUCUGUAACCUCUGAGGGUAUUUUGACCUGGCAGAUUACUUCGCUAUGCAAUGUCCAGCAUCACCCCGUGCCAGGCCCUGCAUUAGCUGCGAUGUCCAGACAGUGCUUGGAACUUGACAGGCGGUCCCGCGCCUGUCUUGGAAAAGGGCCCCGAGUUCAAGGUACAUCAAGCAUUGCGCAAUUCCUCAGGCGUUGCUCUAAACGCGCUAUCCAGCAAGGUGCCAAGCAAGCAGUAUAAGCCAGAUACCAUUUUCCUCCGAAGUGUGUUUGUAGAGUCACAGUUGCAACGCCGAUAACACUCCGAGUCCGAUGGUCUUACCAGCCUCUCUCCACAUGCUCGCAACUGUCAUAUCUCGUUUGUUGAACUAGCUGGACUAGUCUUAGGAGUUCAGGAGAAUCUCAAGUCGAUAAUUCACCCCUUUCAGCCUUGACUUUCUGGACUCCACGGUGCCGGUUGCGCAAUUGUUCGAUGGAAGGUUUUUGGUGGGGAAGCACGGGCUGGAAUGUGUUCCUGAACGUUUAGGGAACCCCCACUGCGGGGCAAUUUUUUCCAACGCAGUGCGGGCGGGUCAGAAAAGAUAUCGAGUCUUGCCUGGGUUGUGUCGUCAGCGCAUCAUUCCGGUCCCCUUUGCUCACUGCUACUGCUACGCAGUAAACUCAAUUCACGAAGCUUAUUGGCUUCUGCCAAAUCCAACGGCUGUAAUUUCUCACCCGCCUCAUUUAGCCUUGCGAUCAUUGUAACUAGCUACAGCCGCCGCAAGCAUGUCUAAAUUCGGAGUGAUGGUGAUGGGCCCCGCGGGCGCGGGCAAGUCUACCUUUUGCGCCUCCCUCAUCACACAUCUCCAACUAAACCGCCGCUCUUGCUUCUACGUCAAUCUCGACCCCGCUGCCGAGUCCUUCGAGCACACCCCAGACCUCGACAUCCGCGACCUCAUCUCCGUCGAAGAUGUCAUGGACGAGCUCAAGCUCGGGCCCAACGGCGGCCUGAUUUACUGCUUCGAGUUCCUCAUGGAGAACCUCUCCUUCCUCGAAGAGUCCCUCAACUCCGUUACAGAAGAGUACCUCAUCAUCUUCGACAUGCCCGGCCAAAUCGAACUUUAUACCCACUACCCCGUCCUCCCCGCCUUGGUCAACUUCCUCCGCUCCCCCGGCAAUCUCGACAUCAGGCUCUGCGCCGCUUACCUCCUCGAGUCAACCUUUGUCGUCGACCGCGCCAAGUACUUUGCUGGGUCUCUGAGCGCCCUGAGCUCCAUGUACAUGCUCGGGUUGCCUCACUUGAAUAUCUUGAGCAAGAUGGACCUUGUCAAGGACCAAAUCAGGAAGAAGGACUUCAAGAAGUUUCUCGUACCGGAUACGAUGUUGAUCGAGGAGGACCCACAGGAGGUUGAGGCUAGGAAAGCCGGGGUUGACUAUCAACCUCCUGUUGAGUCUGAGACGGAUGCUUUGAUGUCGGGCGCUGGGUUCAAGAGAUUGAACAAUGCUGUUGCGCAGCUGCUCGAGAACUUUAGCAUGGUUCACUACCACAAACUCGACUGCACAGAUGAGGAUAGCGUUGGCGGCAUUCUCAGCUAUAUUGAUGAGUGUAUUCAGUGGGCUGAGGCUCAGGAACCCAAGGAGAUUCCUGAUGAGGAGUACGAUGAUGAGGAGUAAGCAGAAGGUUAGUUGACAAUCUGGACAUGAUGGCGAGAAGUAUGGGUCAUGCUGGGAGUUCGGGUUUGCUUUCUGAUGAUUUGGGACUUUGGGUGCAUGGAUAGGAACGCAUAGCGAAGGCGUUGGGGUUUAUAAAAUAAGACGCUAGUCAUGGCAAACAAUUUCAAGAUACCGUUUGCAUGAUAAGUACAA